UCUCCUCAGAUGUUCCUGUAUGUCCUCCUGUCGUGUGUUGGGAUCGUGCAGUGUUUUAGAAGUGGACAGGUCAGCGGAGCGUGUGGAUCUAUGACGCCGGAUCACGGGUCUAACAGCGCUCAGUCCAGCUCUGCUCCGUUCACCGUUACUGGUAACAGAACCACAUUUAUAGAGGGAGAUGAAAUCACAGUAUCUCUAAGUGCACAAUCUGGAGACUUUGAAGGGUUUUUGUUACGAGCAAAUCAAAUUGGAUCGAAUAAUCCCAUUGGCAAUUUUACUGUGUUGGACAAUGGAACACAGGUCCUCUCCUGCGAUGGAGUGGCUAAUAGAGCAGUUUCUCAUACAUCAGAUACUGAAAAAACUUUAAUUAAAGCUAAAUGGACGGCCCCAACAUCUGGCCAGCUCAGCAAUAUAGAGUUCAGUGCAACAUUUGUUAAAAAUUUUUCUACCUUUUGGGUCGGUGUCAAGAGCUCUACUGUUAUGUUUAAUGGUACAGUAACAACUGUAGCUCCGACUAUUCCAUCAAAUCCUGAUUGUGGGACAACCAAAGUCUGCUUCAGUCAGCCCAGCAACUGUGACCCAACUACCAGCACAGGCUGUUACUUCAUGGCAGUUCAGGCAUCAUCUGACCAAUCAGAAUUGACGAUUGAAAUGUUUGGCCAGGCUGAUGGAUAUGUUGCCAUUGGGUUUUCAGAUGACCAGCAAAUGGGCAAUGACGACAUCUACAUCUGUGGUAAGGACAGCAACGGCUUACUCCAAAUGCAACACGCCUUUUCCACAGGAAGAAGUGCCCCAAAUAUUCUCUCACUGGGGAAUGUGACUAAUAUCAAGACAGCGUUGUCAAAUGGAAAUAUCAAUUGUUCUUUUACUUCUCGUAAUUCCAUUAGCACAUCAAGAGCAACGUCCACUAGCCAGUACUACUUCAUGAUUGCUUCUGGACCCUCCAGUGAAGGUAACAUCCAGUUCCACACAACAAAAUACGUCAGUAGCACCAAGGCAGAUAUACUGAAUCCAUCCCUGGUCACUGGAAGUGCUGAAGAAUUCCCAGCAAUCCUUAAAGCCACGGUGAGUUCCCUGAUGUUAAUCGCCUGGAUGACCACGGGCAGUAUUGGGAUGAUCAUAGCACGCUAUUUAAAGGGGGUUGCCAAGGGCCACGGUUUUUGUGGUAAAGAUUUCUGGUUUAUGGCCCACGUGUCUCUGAUGGCCCUGUCAGUCACUGCCACAGCCAUCGCAUUUAUACUGGUGUUUUCUUAUGCUCAGGAUUGGAGUGGGGGAGCUCAUCCUGUCCUGGGCUGUUUGGUGAUGAUCCUCAGUCUUAUUCAGCCCAUAGUCGCUGCUUUCCGCUGUGAGCCGCAGCAUGAGCGGAGGUUUGUUUUCAACUGGGCCCAUUCCUUCAUUGCUUUAGCUAUCAAAGCCCUCGCAGUUGCUGCGAUUUUCACUGGUUUGGCACUGUUUGAACAAUAUAAGGAGGAUGGAUGGAUGUUGAAAGUUAUGGGAGGUUUUAUUACCUGGGAGGCGCUGAUGUACAUUCUUCAAGAUCUUAACAUGCGUGCCAAGAAAAAAGAUUCUGAGAUUUGCAGUUGUGGAUCGAUGAAGCCUGAAACAGUCCUGCUUAUCCUGUUUUUGAUGGGAAACCUGGCCUUCUUGAUAUCACUUCUUGUUGGAAUAGGCAGGUCUUAAGUACAACCAAUAUGCAUCAGCCUUCCUCACUGGUUGGGCCAUUUUUUGACUGUUUUGUUGUAUGAGUAUGUAUCCAUGUUAUCCCAGAAGUAUCUCUCUACACAUUAUUAUUAUUAUUAUUAUUUUUAAUUAACAUAAUACAGGCCCAGUUUCACAGACAGA